CGUCAAUCCAUUUAUUUCCAGCACCCUCGUCAACGAUCCUUCUCCCAUACAUUAUCUCAAUCACCUACACCACGAUAACACUCGUCGAACAAAUUACGAUACUCGAUACAAACAUUCCGCGACAGACCAAAGUCUCUACACGAUGUCCCGAAGAGCUCUCUUGAGCAUUCCUCGCGCAAUCAGCGCCUCGGUCCACACCUCCGUCCGACCAUCUCUCGCCUCCCACACCGCACCUCUUCUCAGACCUGCCGCCAUCCAACCAUCCCAGAGACGGUCAUAUCACGAGAAAGUGCUAGAUCACUACUCGAACCCACGAAAUGUCGGAUCCAUGGACAAGAACGCAGGCGAUGUUGGUACAGGCCUCGUCGGUGCCCCAGCUUGCGGUGAUGUGAUGAAACUGCAAAUCAAAGUCGACCCAAACACCCAAAAAAUCGCAGACGUCAAGUUCAAGACCUUCGGCUGCGGAUCGGCCAUCGCUUCAUCGUCCUAUUUGACCGAACUCGUCCGGGGCAUGACACUUGAGCAAGCGGGCAAGAUCAGAAAUACCGAGAUUGCAAAGGAGUUAUGCUUGCCACCAGUCAAGCUGCAUUGCUCGAUGUUGGCCGAGGAUGCUAUCAAGUCUGCCAUUAGCAACUACUAUACGAAGAACCCCAAGGCCAAGCAGACCGACUUGGGCAGUUCGUCAGCGGGUAUGCCAAAGAUUGAGAUUGAGAGGGUCACUACGACUACGGAUACCGGAGCAAGUGCCAUGGCAUAAAUUGUAACUUCUCGCAUCGCAGUUGAUGGGUUGCGCAUUUUCUUUCUUUUGGGUGGUGACGAUUGUGUGUCAGUAUAGCAUUCAAUGAAAUGAAAUAGUCUUUCAACGACUGAAGCUGGGUUUGAUGGUGCUCUUGGUCAGCAGUCUGUACUUCCAAUUAAAUACCCAUAUCACUCCCCAUUGCCUUCAUUUGUCCGUAUGAAACCAACGGACAUGUCGC